AUGUUACUACCAGUUCAAGUUCAUAGUGAUGAGAUCCUCUCCCACAUCCUUUCUCAUGAUACAACAAUUCUAAUCGGUGAAACUGGUUCGGGUAAAUCAACCCAAAUUCCACAGUUACUCUUAAAAUAUGGUAAAAUCGCAAUCACACAACCACGUAGGGUCGCUGCGAUUAAUUUAGCCACUAGGGUCGCACAAGAAACAAAUUCAAGAGUUGGUGAUACUAUUGGUUACUCAGUUCGUUUCGAUCACAGGACUUCAUCAAAAACAAGAUGCAAAUACGUUACAGACGGUAUGUUGCUAAGAGAAAUGAUUAAUGAUAAAGAGCUAAAGAACUACGAUACUGUUAUUAUCGAUGAAGCCCAUGAAAGAACAGUUUUGACUGAUUUAAUUAUCGGUUUCCUUAAGGAACUACAGGGACGGAGAAAAUUGCGUAUAGUUAUCAUGUCGGCUACAUUAAACGCCGAAUCUUUUAGCCGAUUUUUCCACAAUGCCCCUAUUUUACAUGUUCGUGGUAGAAGAUUCCCAGUACAACAAUUAUACCUUAGAGAACCGUGCGAUGAUUUGGUCGAGAUAGCUAUUCGUUGUGUGGUACAAAUUAAUGCGGGGGAACCCCUCGGUGACGUAUUGUGUUUUUUACCGGGACAAGAAGAGAUCGACAGGGCUGUAACUUUCCUCGAAAGAAUUGGACCGGAGAUUAGAAGUAGGGGAUUCCCAGUCAUGGUCGGUAUGCCACUUUAUGCUUCAUUACCACCAUCAGAACAAUUGAAAGUUUUCCAAAGGAUCAAAGGUAAACAACAAUCACGUAAAAUUAUUUUCUGUACAAACGUUGCGGAAACAUCUAUUACAGUCCCCGGUGUAAAAUACGUUGUUGAUUCAGGAUUACGUAGGGUUAAAGUUUGGAGACACGCAUUAAACUUGUCUACCUUGCUUACCGUCCCAGUUUCGCGCGCCUCUGCACAACAGCGUUCCGGUAGAGCCGGUCGUGAAUGUGCAGGAAAAUGCUACCGAUUAUUCCAGGAAUCAGAUUUUGAGAAAAUGCCAGCAGUUACAGAACCAGAAAUCGCGCGAUGUGACGUCACAGAACCAUUACUGUUGUUAAAGCGUCAUGGUGUAGAUGAUGUUUUGAAUUGGUCAUGGUUUGAACAUCCGGGGAAGGAAUCUAUUUUGCAAGCUCUUGGAGAACUGUUACUAUUAGGGGCAUUAGAUGCAAAGGGAUCGUUGACACCCCUAGGAUAUAGAAUGUCAUCUUUACCACUGCCACCGCAGUUAGGUGUUGUUCUAAUAGCCGCCGAAGAUAAACAAAAGCACUGCCUCGACACUUGUAUUGAUAUUGUUGCGUGCCUGAGUGUGGAGAAUGUUCUGCUGUCUCCACCGUGGGAACAAAGGGAUAUAGUCAAUGAACGCCGUACAGCCAUCUGCCACCGUGCAUCACGUUGGGGAGAUUUGGUGCUCUACAAGGAAUUGUGGGAUCACUACUUUAGAACCUCCUUGACCGGCGAUGAGAAAAAAACCUUCUGCCAAGAACUAUACGUAAACCAAAGGGCAAUGCGACAGGUGCAAAAAGUGCGGGGGCAACUACGGAGUCUAUUCCGAUUACAUGAGGAUCCUGACCCCACCGCACACCACGCCCUUGAGACUGAAGAAAUCCCCGCAGUCAUUACAUGUUUUUUAUCUGGGUACCCUAAGAACUUAGCAAUUUUACACCCAGACCGUUCACACAAGAUUGUUACCACCGGUGAAACGGUUCAACCACACCCUGCUUCAACUCUUUUCACACAGCGCAAGACCGAUUGCCCCGCGAUCCUCUACACGGAAUACGUUUAUACGUCAAAAGGUUACGCUAGGAAUGUUUCUAGGCUCGAAUUAUCAUGGUUAAGUUCGUAA